CAAGCAAUCACUUCGAGUCUGAUAAUAUUACAUAAUUUGAUGCCUCGUCUCUCUUUGCCGUCAGAAUGACUGUCAGAAAUAUUAACGCCAGUCUUCCAGCCGAAUUCAGAAGCUUGUAUCGGCUCUUUCUUCGAGCUAAUUCCGCGGUAGUGUUGCACCAUUCUCCGUCGAAAAUACAGGUUCGUCGGCUGUGGAGACCUGUCUUCGACGAGGCCGCAUUCAAAAUCCACAGGUUUCAGCACCACGACGUUUGUUCAUCUGAGCGGACAAAUAUUGUCCAGUGGCUAUAUACAUGGCACAGACGAGUGGAUCGUACACUUUCGCUACUCGCGACCGCGGCAGUAACACGAGGACUCGCCCAUAAAAUCACUCGCAAUCUGAAAUGGCUAAGACAAAACCAUGUUUUGUGGGUCGAAAAGUUGUAUUAUUCCCACAAGCCUUUCUGGAAACCGCAACUCCCUCGGACUUCUGCCCAGUACCAGCCUUAUUCUCUUCCAACACCCGGUAGCAGACCCGAUCACAUACUCAGGAGAAAUAGGAAAAUGAGGUUAUUUGACGAGCAGUGUUCGAACGCGAUUGGCGAGGUCGUAAAGAUGGCUGAAGGAAGGCACGAUAUCAUUCUUGGGAGACUUCGCCUUAAACGAUGGCAGCAAGAGUGGUCGUCAUGACUGUGCGCACGUAAUCGUGAUUUAGACCAUAAUUGAAUAAAGAUUGACGCAAGUUGACCACUUUUUUUUAUUGUGGUGAGUUCAUCCACCUGCUUCCAUGCUCGACCGAUACUUGUUUAUGUCCGGAUACAAUCUUGAAGAAGUAUCUGAUCCUGGAUCCAUUCCUUAUCACUGCGAGACAAUAAGUUCUGGCGGCUAGUGUUAUGCAGCGCGUCCAGCAAACUCUGUUUAGCUUUGGGCUAUUCUACUCACGGGCUGCCGGCCCCACACCUAUUGUCUUGAAGUUGCACAAUGUUGACCCAUCUGUCACAUUGUCACGUGCACAACGUGUUCUCUGAAACGCGCUCCCAUAACGGGUACUCGUUAUUGUGGACGUCAGGUAUGCUUAUAAUCAGCGGUGGCCACGAUGGCAUAAAAAGCUC